AUGUUUCAGAGGACUGUUCCAGCUAUAUCAGAAUAUGGAAUUGGCAUAUUUCUGGAUGUUGGAUCUUCUCAGAUAGUGGAACGUAGCCCAGGAGGAGGAUUCCUUGGUUCUUAUCUUGGACUAACUGGUCAAAGGAUUUCAUCCCCUGCCAGUGCACUAUUUUUUGUUGAGAUGCAGAUAUUAUUAAAUUCUUGUUUUACCUGUUAUGCAAACAGUUGGGAUGACCCAGACAACGCUGUGAAGGCACUGGAACAUGUACCACUUUUCAUCCCGUUCGCUGUUCAUUAUUUUGCAGUAGCGGAAGGGGCUGAUGAGUGGCGGAGUGGGCUAAUGAGGCACUUCAAGGACUGGGAAAAAGGCCACUCGUUUCUCUCAACGUCGCAAAAACUUGUUUUUUUAGUUCCAUCUGCAUCAGGAAAUGGAGACAACAGGUUAUCUGAAGUGAGUUUUUGGGUUCUAUACUUUAGUUUUCCUGUUCAUCGUUGUUACUUAUGCGUGAGUUCCAAACAUGUUAAAGCAUGUGAUUUUGAAUUUAUAUCCCUUCAAUUUGAUUUUGCAGCAAAACGGUGUGUCACGAAAGCUGAAUACCGCAUCACAGUAAGAUCUGCACUCCAAAGUGAUUUUUUGCUGAUGGUGUCUGGGCAGUUUGAUGAACAAGGGCCAGCUUUCUUUUUUGAAGGUUGUUUUUAG